AUGGCUCCUGGCUCGGCCAUCAUCGAUGUCUUGAGAACCCAAAUCUCUCCGUCAGCCCUUGGAGUCACUUGCAUUUUGAUAUUGUGCACACUACUUUUUUUAAACUCGGAGAAUUCCCUCUACAAAGGAUUCGAGCCCAUUGGAGUCGAAAGAAAUGCGUGGACUUAUGGUGAGGCCCGGAAGAGAUACAUCACCAACGCAAAAAGUAUCCUGUGGGAGGGUCUAGAGAAGGUCUAG